AUGGGUCUUGGACCUAAAUUUUUACAAGCAAUAUAUUCCGAUCUUUGGAGAAUUGAAACUGUUUGGGAUAUUACUGAUUCUUUUGUAAUUAUGAGAGAUUAUGUCGAUGCUUUAAAUUGCUCUAAAUUGCCACAAUUUUCGAAAGAAAAUCUUAUGAAUGGAUUCAACACAGAAAUGUAUAAAAUAGCUCGAGAAAAAUAUAAAUUAUGCAAGAUGCAAGCUCGUCGUAUUUAUGAAAUUCUGCGACUUUUCCACACAAAAGUAAAUGUUCCUGAAGAACUUAAGCAAUUUAAAGAGGAUGUUUUUAAACGAUUGAAAAAACUUGUAAUGGAUCCAAAAAGAGAUAGAGGAAGGAUUGCACAAUCAUUUGCGGAUGAUGAACAAUCUUUGGCUAUUGCAAUGAUGGCAUUUGAACCGGAACAACAGCAACAUCAAUUGGAAACACUUUAUGAAAAUUUGGUGAAUAAUUACAGAAUUGUUUUGGAUCUUUUGGCAAAAUACGAGAAGGAAUUUGUUAAAUGA